UAAUUUUUAUUUAUCCUCAUCGUGUUAAAAAACCUCCAUUUCUCUGCAGCCACCGCAAGCAACCACAAAAUGAACUUCGAGAAUUUCCAUAAAGCACUAUCAGAAUUCCAAACCAAUUGCAGCAAGGUAGUUCAGAAUCUAACAACCAACCUAAACCGUUUCCCAAACCCUCCACCAUUGGCCCGCAUAACCCAAAACGGUACCCCUAUCCGCCCCUUGUCAACGGAAGCAAUCGAACAGAGUCUCGAAGGCGUUCCCGUUUACGCUCUCAGCAAUUCCACCGAUGAGUUCUUGUUAGUUUCCGGUGCUUCCAACGGAAAAAAUUUAGGUCUAUUUUGCUUCAAAAAAGAAGAUGCUGAAGCUUUACUUCAUCAAGUAACCGCUAUUGAUCCUCUCAUCCCUAAUGGAUCCAAAGUUGUUCCAGUUGCUCUCAAUAAGGUUUUUCAACUCAAAGUAAAUGGUGUUGCGUUUAGAUUGAUACCUGAAUUCUCUCAAGUUAAGAAUGCACUGCAUGAGAUGGAAAAAUCUGGCAUUCCUUCUGACGCCUUUUUUGGUGUUCCAACUUUUCAGUCCAGAAAUCUGAUAUUGAAGAGCCAGAAUAAGAGAUAUCGUCCACUUUUCUUCAGAAAGGAGGAUUUGGAAAAUUCACUUGAAAAAGCAUCUGGUCAGCUGAAUAGAAUAAAAUCUUCUACUGGACAAGGCGACAUUGAGGUUGCAGCUCUAGAGGAUGUAAUAAAGGAAAUGAAGGAAAAUUCUACAUCGAAAUGGGAUGAUGUUAUUUUUAUACCUCCUGGAUUUGAUGUUUCAACUGACCCCAAACAGCAAUAGUGCAGGAUGAUCUAUCGAUGAAAUUGAUCAGUAAUGUCACCUUUUGUAUUUCUAGUAUUAGCUUUUAAGUUUAACUCAUGGCACAUGACAAACAAUUACUUAGGUUUAUUGAAUAUGACACAAAAUUUGACCGCAAUUGCAUACUCUUAAAUACUAAGUAACUUCCAUAUGAAAUGUUAAUGGAGAGUUUGGAUUUUUCAUUUUCUUCUUUGUUUUCUUUAUCACAAGUAGGCUUGGGUGGACUUCAUAAUCUCUGUUGGUUCAUGUGGACUGCAUAGAUUUGCAUAUUGUCACUUGAAGAUGCAUUAAUUGAUGGUGAGAUUGUUAAAUGAUUGAAUUUGGAGUUGUAAUAUCUCACAUGGAUAUUGUCUAGACAGAGGAAAAACAAUUAAAAACUUUCUA